AUAGCCUUUUUUAAUCCUAUGAAUGGGAGUGAAUCACUCUUCAAACCCUGCUCUUGAAAUGGGCAGACCUCCUUGCUUUGAAGAUGGAUUGAAUAAGGGGGUUUGGACUGCUCAUGAGGAUGAAGUUCUUGGAAAUUAUGUUAAAUUGCAUGGCGAAGGGAAGUGGGUUAAUGUUGCCAAGGCAACAGGACUUAAGCGAUCUGCUAAGAGUUGUAGGCUUCGUUGGCUGAAUUAUCUGAAACCCGACAUCAAAAGGGGUAACAUUGCUCUUGAUGAAGAGGAUCUCAUCAUCAGGCUACACAGGCUCUUGGGCAACAGAUGGUCCCUGAUAGCUAAAAGGCUUCCAGGCAGAACAGAUAACGAAAUCAAGAACUAUUGGCACUCAACCUUGAAAAAGAAAGUGCAAGAGAGCAGCUCAAAUCACUGCAAAAGCAAGAAGAAACCCAUGAUGGAGCCAUCUGCUGAAUCUGCAGAAUCACUGAAGAUGGAUUCAUGUCUGAGCCCCAACAAAGAUGUAAUUAAUUGUACUACCAGUAGUAGUGCUCAUCCUUUUCCUCUACUGUUUCCUGUUGAUGAACAUCCUGAAGCUUUCACGCCUGUGGAACCCUCCAUUGAUGGAGGAUUGGGGAAGGAAAUAGUAGCAGAACAACCACCAGAGUCUGGUGAUGAGAUUUUCCCAGUUAAUAUCAGUUGUGGAAAUGAUGCUUUGUGGGACUCCUUGAUGGACUUUGAUGUUGACCAGCUUUGCCUUUCUGAAAUUCUUGAAGAGAAUUUCGCUAGCUUCAGUGAAUUUGAUAGUAUGACUGUGGGGGAAUGUGGGAUUAAUGGCUGCCAAGAUGAUCCAUUGCCUUCAUUUUCAGACCUCGGCUAAAAUCGAUGUCGAUAUCAAAAUCACAGCUUUUCUAGGUUCCAUCCAAGUUGGUCUCUACAUAACCAUCUAUUAAUUCUCAUUAGGAAUAAUUAAGUCAUAAGGAGGGAAGAACUCUGUAGUCUAUGGUCAUUUUUAUUGAAUUCUAGUAUAAUGAUAUACACAUCGCCCAUUUGUGGAGCCAUGUCUCUCAUGUCGUCUUCUCCUUCUUCUUUACUGCCCAUGGCCAUGGCUCUCUGCAUCCAAAAUGGCCUUCAUUCUUCUCCUCCUUUGUCGAAGAAAUAACACCAUGGCUAUGGUAAUGGGGCACAUACUCUGCCAUCUCAUGAAGUUUGGAAAUGUUCGAUGUGGGACAAGAAAAUUCCAGCAAUAAAAGAGGGUUUCUUCCAGGGCCAGCAUGUAUUGCCUAGGAAAAUGCUUCCAUGGCUUAGUAUCCGAAUCUAAUUUCUUGAUUUUGUGCUGUUUUUGCCAUGAAAAGCCAAGUUUGAUGCUAAAGUUUUAGUAACCAUCACAUUGGAAUAGCAUUGGGAUCCUUGGCUUA